AUGUAGUCGGCGGCGGAGCGGGUCUUCUCAGUGCCUUUUGCCGGCAGCAACACUCCAGCACGCGACUCGCUCCUCGCUCGUGCUACUCUCUAUCUCCACGAGCUCACGUGCAGGGCUACAACAGCGAGCGUGCUGCACGAGCGUCUCGACCGGUGUGUGUAUGUGUGUGUGCAGACGAAGCUGUGUGGAUAUACCAGACGACCAGCACCACCAUGAGCAGCAGGAAGUGCCUACGUGAACGUGUGAUACACCACGUGACAGUCACGUGCCUGGUAUUACAGCUAACGACAGCGUUCAAGAUGUUCCAGGAGCGACUACCUAACGGCGACCGAGUGCCCAACCCGUGCAGCCAAGGCGAUGUGUGGGGUGGGGUGGGUCACCUUGUCCCUGGGGGGCAAGGGAGUCGGAAUCCAUUUGGAGAGGAUUUUCACAAAGAGGGAAAGAACUGGACUCAGCAGUUGUGUCUCAUGGAUUCUGAUGGCGAUGGGCGGACGAACGGCGAGGAGCUGGGAGACCCAAACUGUGUGUGGAGCUUCGGAGGCCAGCCACAACGGACAACUAACAUCACACAUCCGGGUGUCUGUGACCCCUGGAACUCCGUGCAGUGCCAGGCCAGGAACGGUUGGCUCAAGUGUGGCAGCCAUGAACUCCACUGCCCGGUCAUCAAGAAACAAUCUACACGAAACCUGUCCUUCACCUUCCCAGAGACACGGGUUCCGGCAAGGGAGACAACCUACUACUGCCAACUGUUUGACCUUCCGGUAGAUGAUGACUACCAUCUAGUGGCCACGGAGCCUAUACUGGUCAACAGGGACACUGUCCAUCACAUCCUCCUGUUUGGCUGUGACCCGACAGAUAGUGAUGUCGAAGCCACGCCCGAACCGUUCAUGUGUGCCAUGUUGGCGCACCGUAGUUGCCUGGACAUCAUAGGCACGUGGACAGUUGGUAGUCAAGGAGACUGUCUCCAUAACAACGUGGGUUUCAGCAUUGGAAAGACGGGCUACAGGAAGGCUGCUCUACAGAUCCACUGGAACAACCCCAGGUUGCUAGCAAACGCGACAGAUGCAUCUGGGCUCAAGAUGUACUUCACACCCUCACGGCGAAGUUACGACGCAGGGAUGUUGCUGGUUGGCCAGGAGUACCUGGAGAUCACCCCACAGCCUGCCCCCUCCCCACUGGUCACUUUCUCACAGUCCUGCCCCGGGCGAUGUACCCGAGAGAUGCUGACGGAGCCCAUCUUCAUCACUGCCACUAUCAACCACAUGCACUAUCGGGGUGUGAGUCAGAGGAUUGAGCUCUACCGGAACGGCAGCAAGGUGCGCGACAUCACUUACGACAGGUUCUACCACUACGACAACCCAGUCAUCUACUCGUUCAAUCCUCCCGUCGAGGUACGUCCGGGCGACGAGAUACGGACAACCUGUGUCUACAAAACACCAACGUCCGGCAACCCGAUGUGUUUUGGCGAUGGAACACAGGACGAGAUGUGCUACGGAUUCAUAACGUAUUACCCCAAACAAAAUCUUCCCAUCCCAUGGUGCACCGCGAGGAAGUCGGUCCAGAAGUGUGACCGAUACCUUCCCAAGUUCCGGAAUAACUCCAUCGACGGCUGUUUUUGGCUGGCCUUCCUCCAAGCAACCAAUCAAGAUACCAUAAACAUAUUCACGUCAGUGCUUGGUCAUUGCUUUGACAUCGCAACAGGAGAAAACAGCUGCACGGAUAGUUGUUUAAGUGCCAUAGAAGCAGCUCGGAAACACCCCUGUCUGUCGGGAGAUAUCGGCAGCUAUAUCAUAUCCAAGUUUCGCCACACAUCGAUAGGAUUUAAGUUCCUGAAUGCACUGUUUACGUGUGACUGUGAGGGCAGGUUUGACAAUGGCUACUGCGACAAACGGUACAGAGGGGGCAUUCUGGGUGAAGGUGCGCAGAAGAUGUGCGCAGCACGAUACACAUCGAUCAAAACGGUAUCGCCUUAUAACGGGGCUCAACCUUUGACUUCAUCGACAAUACUAUUUUUUGUUUCUAUUUCAAUAAUAUCCGUGUUGCUUGAAACACAUUCUUGAUAGACAAGACAAUGGAAUCAAUGAAUCAGAAUGAAUCAAUUUGCUCACAACUCAUGACGUCCAUCCUGUGACUGCCCUCUAGCGGUGCUGUGUCUGCGAGAGAUCACAGACGCAUGGCCAGAGGGUCAGCUAAAUGACAUGUCGAGGGCCUGACUGCUGACAUGUCGAAAAUGAUACCAAACAUUACUAUGCAACACACCAUAUAAGGCCAUUGUUAUCAAACGUCGUUUUCAUUUUUGCAACGAAAUAAUGUUUGUUUUUCUUGAGAUUAAAAUUUGAUGUAGUGUCUUCUUACACAUGAAGUGAUAAGAUAUCCAAAUCUUGAAGUUGGGAUUUUUGGAUUGUUCUUGGAUAUCAAGUACCACGUGUGGUGUCCGAUGAAUAGAAGUGCAUUUCACACUCCAUUUCCCGAACCCCUGUUUUCCCGACAAUUAUGUUAAUAACGCUAACAUGUUAAUGUAUAUAAGGAUAUUUAGGAAUUGACUUCAAAACGUUUUGCGUUUAUGGAGGCAUACACGUUAACACCAGUGUGUACCCUGGGUAAAUAUUGAAGUGAAUUUUUUUUAAAUAAACAAGUUAGCAAAAGGAACUUCACAGGCUGCUUCUUUAAUCAUGAACACAAACAGUAAACAACAACACGAAAUCAGUGACAUCUCCACGCUCCAUGUAUGACUUCAGGGCUACUCUAUGAUGCAUCGGUUCCCUUUGUGUAUAACUUAGCAACCAUCAAUGCUGUAUCCAUCCAUAUUUAGGUUUAUUACCCUUUGGGUGAGAAACAAACGAGGUCUUAAACAUCGUAUGUGCACCAGCGCAAAUACCACUUCUCGCGCACCAGUGUAUUGCUUCAGUCAGCUAAACGGCAUUGUUGACGUCAUUCGAAUCUUAUUGUGACGUAAUGUCGGAAUGACGUCACACUAGAAAUGACGUCAUAGCUGAAUAUUGAUGACGUUUUUUCUGUUGUGUUUUUCUAGGAGAACAGUGGUGAUCGGUGUAGUUUUUUCUAAAGGGGAGCUCAAAACGAUUAAGAAAUAAUAGGUAAUAAAGAAAUUAGGACUCAUAUGUGUGUCAUACUGAUUUUUCGACCCUGUAUCAAUGUUCAGCUUUUGCUUGUCGUAAGGGUCCGUUGCUUUGCGACUUCUCGAUGUGCCUUUUGUGUUCCGUGGUAAUCUUUAUGAGGUUUGGACUGCUGUUUAUUAUACUUGUCUGUUCUUGUGAAAUCAUCAAUGAUGUCAAUGACAAAAUCAUAACUGUCUAUGACGAUUAUAUCACACUGUUGUUGAUGAAUAAUGCAAUUCCACCCGUGAAGAUCCGGGGUAGAAUAGGUCUUCAGCAACCCAUUCUUGCUGUAAAAGGCGACUAUGCUUGUCGUAAGAGGCGACUAACGGGAUCGGGUGGUCAGUCUCGCUGACUUGGUUGAUGCAUGUCAUCGAUCCCAAUUACGUCGAUCGAUUCUCAUGAUGUCAAUCACUGGAUUGUCUGGUCCAGACAUGAUUAUUUACAGACCGCCGUCAUAUAGCUGGAAUAUUGCUGAGUGCGGCGUAAAAUAACAAACAAAGACAAACAAAAACUAAAGCAACUCACCACUGUCUGUGAUGACUAAUUGACCACUGACUAAAUCAGCAAUGAUUUAAUCCAUUAAUCCAUAUUGCAUAUAGGUUAGCAACGGCUCAUCACGACAAAGUUUGAACAAACUGUUGCAUAGGCCAUGUACGCCGUUGCUUGUGGAGGUGAAGACGUGUUUUAAGAGGGAAUGGCUGUACCCGUUGUAAAAACAAACAACAGUCUGCCACUCUUGUAUUUUGAGUUGGUGUAUUUUAGUAAAAUAUUGAGUACUGAGUAUGACCGGGAGCUUGGGACGACCUUCUGAUAUUCUAGGAGAGGCCGGGAAGGGAUUGGACCGUUUUGAAAAUACUGAAAAAAUAUUAAUAAUGAAAAGGUUAUUGGCUGAAAAUGCUUCAUUUCCGAACAUAGCGUGUUGUGAAAGGAAAGGUGUUCGGCUCCCCAUUUCAGAGUAUAACAUUGUAAGUUUUGAAGCAGUCACCCCAAAAGUAUCCUGUGUCUGACGGAAUAUUCCUUGCCUGCCCAAGAAUACUAAAUGGUCGAUGCCUAAUGUCCAUAGCAGUAUCACGCGCCGUCAUAGAGCUGGUAUAGUGACUAGAACAGACAUGCUCAUAAUGACGAAGGCGUGGUGGUGUUGCCAGUCUUGCCUUACGUUUGCUUGCCACGCCGACAAACUGGGUUCGAUUCCCCACACGGUUGUUAUUGUGUGAAAACCAUUCCUGGUUCCCCCGCCCUUAUAUGGUUGAACUGUUGCUAAAAUCGGCGUAGAACGACAUUCACUCACUCACCCUCUCAUUCAUAAUCACGAGCCAGGAAUGGACGUGUUUUAACUGAUUUUCUCAAUCAGCUGCAUCACGUGUCUCUGUAUCACUGAGCAUUGUACAUAUUGUCCCACAUCCCACCUUGUGUGAUGACCAUAUAACGGCGAUAUACCUCCGGCUUGACGUCAAGUACCUGGACGUUAUAGUAUAGACUAGAGGAGUGGUGGCGUUACUUGUGCUGACACCAUCACAUGUUCUGAUGUAUGAAGUAUUUGUGAAAAUGUACUAUUUCAGAUAAAUAUUAUACUUUUCCAAA